GAUCAUCUAUACCUGAUCUUCUUGAUUCCCCUCUCCUCCUCAUCCUUCCUUCCACCAAAUAGCACGCGCGCAGUUGCUUGCUCUUGGUUUAUUGUGUCCCUACCUUCCUAGGGAUACUCCGAUCGUCAACGUCAACCACGCUACCUCCCUCGAACUAUCCACGUCCGCUACGCGCGAUCACCACUAUUCUCCAUGACGAUGGUCAUUGAAAACCAAAACCGCCAAUACGGCGGGAUGGGCUUCGAUAGUGUCUAUCAACACAACAUUCACCACACCCCUCCUCAAUUCACCGAUCCAUGGGCCGCCGCUCAAACAACCUCCCACUCCAACCCUCCCGUAUAUGCGACAGCUCUCGCACCCAGUCCGAUUGGCCUCAACCAUGUCAAGCAGGAGGAAGUGAGCCGCCCUGCGGCGAUGUCGAUGUCAUACUCUAGCAUCCCCGUUUCCGCCCCCUCCAUGGUUGCCGGAAGCAACUAUUCCACUGCCACGGCCACAAGCUACCCCGGACCGGAGAUGAUGGGAUUGUCGCACGAUAUCCCACGCACAUCAUUUGAGCAAGCUCCCGCUUACACCACAGCUUCCCCCAUGACCAGCUAUGCGCCAGCCAGCUAUGCACCUUUGAGCUAUGCUCCCCACAUGCACCAAGACCGACGGAUAUCCCAUGCUGAUGCUCGCGUCAGUCAAUCGCAUCCUGCCUCUGCCCCGACUUUCGGUGAUGCUCUGGAUGCCAGCCGGGGAAUGGUCGCGCUUAGCCAGGAUUUGACGCCUCGCAACAUCUAUGGUCCUCGCAGCGCGCGGGGCUCGGGCGACUCUUAUGGCUUCCCCUCGACUCACUCUUCGGGAUCCUCGAUCUCCUCCGCUAGCAACUACCCCUACUACAGUGCCUCGGUGGCAUCUGUGGAAUCAUCGGUUACCGAUUAUAGCUCGACCACCUCGGAAUCCUACGAGAACGGUCAUUUGUCGCGGACCCUUCCGCGCCCCUCGAACCUUUUGACGGGAAGCGCACCACCCGGACCCCAGUCGAUGAUGAGUCAGUUUAGCUCCAAGAUGCCGUCCAACACACAGAAGAAGCACAAAUGCAAGGUGUGUGACAAGCGGUUCACCCGCCCGUCGUCGCUCCAGACCCAUAUGUAUAGUCACACUGGCGAAAAGCCAUUUGCAUGUGACGUGGAAGGCUGUGGUCGUCACUUCUCGGUUGUCUCCAACCUGCGCCGACACAAGAAGGUCCACAAAGGAGAAAAGGAGGGUGGAUCCGGCGACGACGAGGAGUAAAUUCAAUCACCCUCCUCGUCCACGUCGAACGCCUCUCUCAAACCUCUCACAGCGAAGAGGGGCAAAUUCAACAUUUCAUCUCUACGUCGCGCGAUGAUCACAUUGUGCGACGCGGCCUGUCUCAAUGAUGGGGCCUCCUCCUUUGUACAACAGCAUCAUUUCCUUCCACCAUUUUU